CACGCCCACUGGGAACAGCCUCAGCGCCGCCGAGCUCACCUGCGGGAUGAUCCUGUGCUUGGCCAGGCAGAUCCCGCAGGCAGCUGCCUCCAUAAAGGAGGGCAAGUGGGACCGUAAGAAGUACAUGGGCAUGGAGCUGAACGGGAAGACACUGGGUGUGCUGGGGCUGGGGCGCAUCGGCCAUGAGCACCAUGCCAGGCUGCAGGAGCAAGCACCCGCUCUGCCUCAGACCAUAGGCUAUGACCCCAUCAUCACCCCCGAAGCCUCGGCCGCCUUCGGCGUGGAGCAGCUGCCGCUGGAGCAGAUCUGGCCCCGCUGCGACUUCAUCACGGUGCACACACCACUGCUGCCCUCCACCACGGGACUCCUGAACGACAGCACCUUCGCCAAGUGCCGCCGUGGCGUGCAGGUGGUGAACUGCGCCCGCGGCGGCAUCGUGGAUGAAGGUGCGCUGCUGCGGGCACUGCAGUCAGGGCAGUGUGGCGGGGCUGCCCUCGAUGUCUUCACACAGGAGCCACCGAAGGACCGCGACCUGGUGAACCACCCCAAUGUCAUCUGCUGCCCGCAUCUGGGUGCCAGCACGCAGGAAGCGCAGAGCCGCUGCGGCAAGGAGAUCGCCAUGCAGAUCGUGGAUAUGGCCAUGGGGAAGGGGCUGGCUGGAAUAGUCAACGGGCAGGCUCUCAGCAAGGCUUUUGCACCCCAGACCAAGCCCUGGAUCGCCCUGGCCAGGGCCCUGGGCACGGUGUUGCACACUGUGGGCAAGCAAGCACAGGGCAGCGUGCAGGUCUGCACCCUAGGGACGCCCUUGCAGGAGGCUGGGAGCUACCUGACGCCUGCCGUGGCUGCGGGCAUGCUGGCUGGAGGGGCGCAGAAGGAGGUGACCCUGGUGAAUGCCCUGCUGCUGGCCCAGGAGGCUGGGCUGAAGGUCACAACCACCCACGGUGACGUGAUCCCCGAGUCUGACGGCAGCACCGGCUUGCUGCAGGUGACCCUGCAGGGCACCCCGCACCGGGCAGCGGGGACGGCGGGCAGCACCCCAGUGCUGCGGGAGAUCAAUGGGGCCACCUUCAAGCAGCCGGCCCCGCUGGCCGGCCCAAUCCUCAUCUACAGAGCCAAAGCCUCCGAGCCCAGCGUGCUGCCCGUGCUUGCCG